UAUUUUUUCUGUAACUUGACAAUUGUCACUUUAGUCUUGAUUUUUCGUCAAUCGUCAAUCUAAGCGAGAUCCGAAUUCUGAAAUUUUCGUCGAAAAAAUUAUUUUCAUUAACAUUUGCAGAAUUUCAGGGCUUUUAUUGCCGUGUAAAUUUCACUUUGAAAUUUAACUUCUUCUGUCAUCUGUGAUAUUUUCGUCAGAACCAUGGCCGAUUCAAAUGCAAAUGAUAAUACUACUUGUGUAGUAUGUUUUAAAACUGUUGAAUAUUUCUCUAUUGGAGAGUGUGAUCAUCCCGUAUGCUUCGAGUGUUCAACCCGUAUGAGAGUGCUGUGUUUGCAAAAUGAAUGCCCAAUCUGUCGUCAAGAUCUUGCGAAGGUCAUUUUUACUGACACCGUCAAGCUCUUUAAAGAAGUCUGCAACAAGGUGUUUAUAGAUAGACUCUUUGAAAGACAGUUUAAAAUAGGCUUUUGUAGUGAAGAGAUAAAGAAAGCUUAUGAAGAAUUACUGGAGAAUAAUUGUAAGCUCUGUGACAAUGUGCACUUCCGCACUUUCAAUAUGCUGAGUGAUCAUAUGCGAAAGGUGCAUGAAAGAUAUUUCUGUGACCUCUGUGUAAAACAUUUGAGGAUUUUUACAAGCGAAAGAAAGUGCUACACUCGUCAGGAGUUAGCCCACCACAGACGGAAAGGAGAUGUCGAUGACACCUCUCAUAGAGGCCACCCACUUUGUGAAUUCUGUGAGGAGCGGUUUAUGGAUGCGGAUGAAUUAUAUCGUCAUUUGCGUAAAGAGCAUCUUUAUUGUCAUCUCUGUGAUGUCGAUGGACGUAAUCUAUACUAUGCUUCACAUGCAGCUCUGGCACAUCACUUUAGGACUGAACAUUUUCUAUGUGAGGAGGGUGAUUGUGCUGGACAACAUCUUACCGCUGUGUUUAGGAGUGAAAUUGAUCUCAAGGCUCACAAGGCAACAGUUCAUGGUCGUGGAAUGAAUCGUGGUGCGGCUCGACAGGCUCGUACUCUUGAGCUGCAAUUCAAUAUCACGCCCCAUCCUACCGCAGUAGUACAACGAGUCACUAGAGAGCGUAUAGAACGCUCACCGUCCCCACCUCCAGCGGCUCCAGCACCUCGAAUUGACCCAGCCAGCGAUGAACAGUUUCCACGAUUGUCUGCUGCUGCGCCAGCCCCGCCUAACCUCUUAGGUGCUCCUUCGAGGCUCUAUAAAGGUGCUGAUGGGCUGGCUCGGACGGAGCGAAAUUUCCCAGCAUUGGACGGAUCCGGAUCUGGAACAUCACGUGCGCCCGUAUCUAAAAGCAACGGGCCGGUAGCCUCUGCUGUACUCAGAAAUUCAAAGCAACCGUCAGUGUCCAUACAAGUGCAUAGUCAACCGGCAAGCGCCAGCAACUUCAGGUUGACUCAGACUUCAGGGAAUCGUAUUACGAUACCAAAGAAGCCGCUCUUUGAUGAAGACUUUCCUUCACUCUCCGUUCCUAAGGAUGAUCAUCCAAGUAUUGGUGCUGGAACCGUCCAACCUGCUAAGGUUACCCUUAUAAAUAGUGAAGAAAUGCAGUCCAUGAAGGCCACGAAACCAAGGCAACCGAAGAAACAGUCUUUAAAUACCGAAGCGUUUCCAGCUCUACCAUCUUCUUCGGCACCCACUUCUCCACCGCAAUGGAUUACCGUAUCCAAACCGAAAGAAAAACCUAAACGUGUUCCAGAACCAGUAAAAACUUUCAAUCCAGUAGCUGAUUUUCCUACCCUCAACGCGAAGUCUAAAAAGAAAACUCCCACUCAACCCGUUCCGACACAAAAUGACAAAAAGAAGAAGAAAAAGAAAGAUAUGGAACCAGUCAACGGUGUACCGGACGAAUUUAUAAUUGCCAGUGUUAAUAAUAAUAACAAUAGCGGUGAAGGUGAUAAAAAAAUUAAGACAACAGUUGAACCGGAUAGAAAAGUGAUAGUUGAUAAAAAAGAAAAAGCUACAGAAUCGCGGAGCGGGGACUUCGCACUAAAGGCGCAAGAGUUUCCCUCGUUAAAUCCAAGAGAACCAAGUGUGAAUAAAAGUGUUAAAGUGAAUGUGCCGAUCAGUAAAGUGGUUAGUAAAGUGAAUGGAGUGCCUCCAGGAUUCAAGAAGCGUCAAGCGUGUGAUAUGACGUUUACGAAUUCGUCUGGUCAAACGUUUCCGGCGCCGGUGCACAAGUACAUACCGCCUUUGGAUUUUGAGAACCGAAACAGGGCUUUGGUUAAGAAUUUCGCCGCUGCACUGGGUACAGCUGCGGCGGUGGAGGAUUUUAAGGUUGCAUCGAGAGCGUUCCGCGAUAACAUUACAACUGCCGAAGAGUUCUAUGAGCAUUGUAAAAUAGCUUUGGGGAACAAAUUGGAUGAUCUGCUCCCAGAAUUAGUUGCCCUGUUGCCAGAUAUUGGUAAGCAGCAAGAAAUAAUCGUGGGAAAAAGUAUUCCGUCUCUUGACGUUUGCUCGACUUGUGGUCAAGUUAUCGCGCGGGCUGAUUCUAUUGCUCACGAUACAGCGCAUUGGCCGCCAUUGGCCCCUCGUUAAUUUAAUAAUAGUCACUGACCCAAUUCAGCAAUUGUUUGAAAUUUUGACAGAUUUUCUUAGUACGAAAACCCGGUUGUUUGAAACGGUGGAAAGUA